AUGAAGCUCUUCCCCCACCACGCCAACCCCCCCGCCGUCAAGGGCUGGCACGUCCCCGUCGCAAGGACAAAGUUCCCCGAAAUCGUCGACCCAACAUGGGACAUCACCCUCCAAAAAGUCGUCGCGAAAAUCGACGGCGUCUCCGACGUCCGCCGCAUCGCCCACGAGGCCUCCGUCUCCCUGGACCUCGCCAAAAUCGCCAUCCGCCACCUGCUCUACUACGACACCAUCCUCCUCCUCGACAUCUUCUUCUUCAGCUCGUGCUACGCGCCCCGGCCCGGCAUCCACGACUUCAUCCGCAACGUCGACGGCAUCGUCGACGAGUGCGCCGGCUACGUGUCCCACGGCAGGGCCAGGGUCAGCAACUACCUCCUCAUCCGCUUCAUGGCCUCGUUCUCCCCGGGAAAGAGCAUCAAGGAGUGGAUCAUGAUUCACCGCGAGGCUGGGUUCGAAAUCAUGUCGUACAUCGACAUACGCCGCUUUGUGCAGUUUGGCAUCAUAAAGGGCUGCCUCUACCGCGUGCACAAGUAUGUCGUUUCCAAGCAGUACUUGGCCUCGCUCGCCACUGGGCAGAGCAAGCCGUUCGCUGGGGGUGAUCCUUUGCAGAAAUAUACAGACGGGUGCCAUCACAUGGAUCAAAUCAUGACGGAGCAGAAUUUGACUAAUGAUCAAGUUAUGGAGAGGCUCAAGAUGUUGCCCGUUCCUAGGGGUGACAUUACGGUGUUUUACAGAUAG